AUGUCAGACGAAGCAGCAAACGUGCCCGCAGCACAAAAGUCUGGAUGGACCAGCUUCCUCAAGUCUCUCGCGUCCUUCUCGGGCGACUUGUCCGGCCUGACCGCUCCGCCUUUCAUCCUCUCCCCAACCUCGCUCUCCGAAUUCCCCUCCUACUGGGGCGAACCGAAAGACCUCUUCACCUCGAUCGCAGACGGAAAGACCCCCGAAGACCGUCAGUUGAGGGUCACGAAAUGGUUUUUGAGCACGCUUAGUGGGCAGUUUACGAGGAGGGAGAAGGAGACUGGGUCGGAGAAGAAGCCUCUCAACCCCUUCCUCGGCGAGCAGUUCCUCGGCUCGUGGGACAACGGCGAGCUCGUCCUCACCGUUGAACAAGUCUCGCACCACCCGCCUAUCACUGCCUACCACCUCGAGAACAAGAAGCGCGGCAUCGUCUUCGAAGGCAACUGUGCGCAAAAGACAAGUUUCUCGGCGCGGAUGAUCAGCGUCAAGCAGGUUGGACAUGGGAUCCUGAGGGUCAAGCUGGCGUAUCUUGUCACGCUUCCCAAGCUCAAGAUUGAGGGGUUGUGGACGGGCAAGCCCUACGUCGAGUUGACCGAGACGUCCUACAUCCAAGGUUCUCACGGCCUCACCUCGACGAUCAAGUACUCUGGCGCCGGAUGGGUGACUGGCACGUCGCACUCUCACACGACGACUAUUACGACCGGUCCGGGUGGUCCGACGCUCUAUACGAUUACGGGGACGUGGACGGGCGAGAGCAAAUUUGUCAAGCCUUCGAAGGAGGGGAGGGAGGGGACUGUGUUCCUUGAUGCGGGGGAGGAAGGGAUGAGGGAGCCCAUCAGCGUCAAGCCCGUCGAGCAGCAGGGCGAAUACGAGUCUCGAAGGGCUUGGAAGGCCGUUGCGGAUGGGAUUCGGAGCGGAGAUUACAACGCGGCUAGUGUGGCCAAGGGGGCGUUGGAGAAUGCCGAGAGGCAGAGGAGGAAGGAUGAGCUGGCGAACGGUCAACAGUUCCAGCUUAGGCUGUUUGAUCUCCGCCAGAACGACCCCGAGUAUGCGCACCUUGCCGCGUUGCUCAAGUUCAAGCCCGAGGAGGAAGACUCGUGGAUCCUCAAGGCGCAAUAG